CGGCCUCGCCGACCCGUGCGGUCUCCUGUCCUCACACCCCGCCCGCGCGGAGCUCUAACCCUAACCCUAGGGCGCCGCCGCCGCCACCCCGCCUACCCCCGGUCCGUCGCGCCGCCAACCCACCCGGAUCCCAUCCGCCGCAGCCAAACCCAAAUCCCCCAACAUCGCCGUUCUUCUCCUCCUCCGCCGCCGCCGCCAUGAGUCGCAAAAACGCCUCCUCGUCCUCCUCAGCCGCCGCCACGAGCCGCAAGAACGCCCCAUCGUCCUCCUCGGCCGCGGGCGCCGCCGGCAAGAAGGAGAAACCCCUCUCCGUGUCGGCCAUGCUAGCCUCGAUGGACGGCACGGCGCCCAAAUCCAAGCCCGCCAAGGCGGCGCCCAAGCCCAAGCCCUCCAAGGCGCCCGCGUCGUCGUACAUGGGCGGCAUCGACCUGCCCCCGUCGGACGACGAGGAGGACGAGGCCGACGUCGCCGCCGUCGCCGCCAAGCCCAAGCCGGCUCGCGCCACCGUCGACCUCAACGCCCUCGCGCCCUCGGACAAGGACUCGAAGAAGAAGGAGAAGCGCGAGAUGAUGGCAGCCGCCGUCGCCGAGGCUGCCAAGCGGGAGGCGCUCCGCGACGACCGCGACGCCUUCUCCGUCGUCAUCGGAGCGCGCGUCCCCGGAUCCGCCGCUGAGGGCGAUGCCGCCGAUGGAAACAUCAAGGACAUCGUGCUCGACAACUUCUCUGUCUCUGCGCGAGGAAAGGAGCUACUCAAGGGCGCCUCCCUCCGGAUCUCGCAUGGUCGCCGCUAUGGUCUAGUGGGGCCCAAUGGCAUGGGCAAGUCUACCCUCCUGAAGCUGCUCUCCUGGCGGCAGGUGCCUGUGCCCAAGAACAUUGAUGUCCUGCUUGUGGAGCAGGAGAUUGUUGGUGAUGACCGCUCGGCAACCGAGGCGGUGGUUGCAGCCAAUGAGGAGCUCACGGCGCUCCGGGCUGAGCAGGCAAAGCUUGAGGCCUCUAACGACCCCGAUGACAAUGACAAGCUUGCCGAGGUAUAUGAGAAGCUAAAUCUAUGUGACUCUGAUGCUGCACGCGCUCGUGCGUCCAAAAUCCUCGCGGGGCUGGGGUUUGAUCAGGCAAUGCAGGCAAGGUCCACAAAGUCCUUCAGUGGUGGCUGGAGGAUGCGCAUCUCGCUUGCCCGUGCUCUCUUCAUGCAGCCAACAUUGCUGCUCCUUGAUGAGCCUACCAACCAUUUGGACCUCCGAGCUGUGCUUUGGUUGGAGCAGUACUUGUGCUCGCAGUGGAAGAAGACCCUUAUUGUUGUCUCCCAUGACCGGGACUUCUUGAACACAGUGUGCAAUGAUAUCAUUCAUUUGCACGAUAAGAGUUUGCAUGUUUACCGUGGUAAUUUUGAUGACUUUGAGAGCGGGUAUGAGCAGAAGAGGAAGGAGAUGAACAAGAAGUUUGAGGUGUAUGAAAAGCAAAUGAAAGCAGCAAGGAAGACUGGGAGCAAGGCUGCACAAGAUAAGGUUAAAGACCAAGCAAUGUCAAAGGCCCAUAAAGAAGUUGCCAAGGGGAAGGGGAAGGGAAAGAAUGUGGCAAAUGAUGAUGAUAACGUGAAGCCAGCAGAUCUGCCACAAAAGUGGCAUGACUACAAAGUUGAGUUCCACUUCCCAGAACCCACUUUGCUCACACCACCACUCCUUCAGCUCAUUGAUGUGGGUUUCGGCUACCCCAACCGUCCGGACUUCAAGUUAUCAGAUGUUGAUGUUGGCAUUGACAUGGGAACACGUGUUGCCAUUGUUGGGCCCAAUGGAGCAGGAAAGUCUACUAUUCUAAAUUUACUUGCUGGUGAUCUUAACCCAUCCGAAGGAGAGGCAAGAAGGAGCCAGAAGCUGAGGAUUGGACGAUACUCGCAGCAUUUUGUUGACUUGUUGACGAUGGAGGAAAAUGCAGUUCAGUAUUUGCUCAGGCUCCACCCAGACCAGGGAGGAAUGAGCAAAGCAGAGGCUGUCCGUGGCAAGCUUGGAAAAUUUGGCUUGCCAGGUCACAACCAUCUUACUCCCAUUGUUAAAUUAUCUGGUGGUCAGAAGGCCCGUGUUGUGUUCACUUCGAUAUCAAUGUCGAAUCCUCACAUUCUUCUACUGGAUGAGCCUACAAAUCACUUGGAUAUGCAAAGUAUUGAUGCUUUGGCAGACGCUCUGGAUGAAUUCACUGGAGGUGUGGUCUUGGUUAGCCACGACUCGCGGUUGAUAUCUCGAGUUUGUGACGAUGAGGAGAAGAGCCAGAUAUGGGUUGUGGAGGAUGGCACGGUGACUAAAUAUGAUGGCUCGUUUGAGGAUUACAAGGAUGAACUAAUGGCAGAGAUAAAGAAGGAAGUUGAAGAGUAAUGCUGCUCAUAUUGAGCUGCAGAUUGCUUAUUCUUUGUAGAAUGAGCUGGUUUGUUCUCCUGAAAUCUCAUGUAUUAUUAGCAGCUUUUGUUUGCUUUGGUUUGCAGAAUAUACAUAUGGUUUGUCAUAUGCGUACUAUCUAUAUGGCCAAGAUGAGUUAUUUGUUUGCCUUUAAUACAUUACAAGAUACUGGAAAUCUGGUGGUGUUUCUUUUGUA